GCUCUCUCUCUUCAUCAGCGCUCUACCUCUCAGCUGAUUUAGAAGACCAGCUGUAAAAAGAAGAUUGUUUGAAAGUUUAGUAAUAAUGCAUCAUCAAGAGGGAUGGAAAGCAAGUAGUGACAUUCUUAAGCCUUCUGAUUCCUCUGAGGAAGAAGGGGAUGCCAUGGAGUGUGUCGAUGUGUCCCACCAACUUUACCAUGAGGAGCGGCUAGUGCACGGGAUGCUAAGGACCGACAAUGGAUGGUUUCUUCGCGAAAUGAGGAGAAGGAUCGACAGGGUUGGAAUCAAUAUUCCUAAAAUUGAGGUCCGCUUUGAGCGAUUAUGUGUGGAGGCUGAUGCACACAUUGGAAGAAGGGCUCUUCCCACACUAGUGAAUGCCACAAUCAAUACUUUGGAGGACAUGCUAGGCUUCAUAGGCCUCUCACCCUCAAAUAAAGCAAAAUUGAAUAUUCUCAAACGGGUGAAUGGCAUUGUAAAGCCCUCAAGGAUGACUCUGGUUCUUGGGCCUCCAAGCUCUGGUAAAACAACAUUGUUGCAAGCCCUUGCCGGAAAACUUGAUCCUAAUUUAAGGGUUCGUGGUAAAGUGACAUAUAAUGGCAAAGACUUGAGGGAUUUCGAACCGUUAAGGACUUGCUCUUAUGUAGGUCAACACGAUCUUCACAAUGGGCGAAUGACAGUGAGAGAGACAUUGGAUUUUUCAUGCCGUUUAUUAGGCAAUGAGACCCAAUCAGAGAUGCUAGCUGAGAUAUGCAGGAGAGAGAAGGCUCUAGGUAUUACACCACACCCAGAGAUUGACACAUUUAUGAAGGCUAACUUGGAGGAAGACAAAGGAAGAUCCCUUGUGAUUGAUCAUAUUCUUAAGGUCCUAGGAUUGGAAAAUUGUGCUGAUACGAUAGUGGGUGAUCAAAUGCAAAGAGGGAUUUCUGGUGGCCAAAAGAAAAGACUUACAAUCGGGGAGAUGUUGGUUGGGUCAGCAAGAGUGUUCUUCAUGGACGAGAUAUCUACAGGUUUAGAUAGUUUGACCAUUUUUCAGAUUGUGGAGUACUUACAUCAGUUCGUUCACACGAUGGAUGUAACCAUGGUUAUAUCAAUGAUACAACCUACCCCUGAGACCUUCCAACUCUUUGAUGAAGUUAUCCUCAUGAAUGAAGGUCAAAUUGCUUACCAAGGCCCUCGUGAAAAGAUUUUAGAUUUCUUCAAGUUCAUGGGAUUCAGUUGUCCCAGUAGAAAGAACAUUGCAGACUUUCUCCAAGAGGUGAUGUCUAAGAUGGAUCAAGAACAAUAUUGGGCUGACAUGACUCGCCCCUAUAAAUAUGUUCCUAUAAAGACAUUUGCGAGGGCCUUCCAGUCCUUUCAUGUGGGCCAGCUUUUAAACCAGGAAUUGCAUAUUCCCUGUGACUUGUCAAAAGCCUGCCCUUUUGCCCUAGCCUCCGAGAAGUAUGGCCUUUCCAGGUGGCAGCUCUUCGUUGCAUGCUUUUGGAGGGAAUGGUUACUAAUGAAAAGAAACUCCUUUCUGCACAUCUUCAAGAUGGUCCAAAUCUCCAUCAUGGCCUUAAUAGUUAUGACUGUAUUCUUGAGGACUGGAACGAAACAAGGUUCCAUUACUGACGGCAACAGAUAUCUUGGGGCAUUAUAUUCUGGAGUGGUGGUUGUUACAUUCAAUGGCAUGACAGAGCUUACCAUGACCAUCUUACGUUUGCCAGUAUUUUACAAGCAAAGGGACCUGCAACUCUAUCCAGGAUGGGCCUUCUUGCUGCCUAUCUUUGUGCUUCACUUGCCUAUGUCAUUCUUUGAAUCUGGGAUGUGGGUUUGCUCAACAUAUUAUGUGAUUGGCUUUGCCCCAUCUGUUACUAGGUUUCUUCGACAAUUUCUUGUACUCUUUUGUAUGCACCAAAUGUCAAUGGGACUCUUCCGUCUCAUAGCUGCGGUUGGAAGGACAGCAGUUGUUGCCAACUCAUUUGCAAUUGCUAUCCUCAUUGCAAUUAACAUCCUUGGUGGUUUUAUUAUAUCUAAAGAUGAUAUUCCUUCAUGGUGGGUCUGGGGUUAUUGGGUCUCUCCUAUGACAUAUUCCCAGAAUGGUGUUGCCCUUAAUGAAUUCUUGGACAAGAGAUGGAGCCUGCCAAACAUUGAUGUGGCCAGCAAUGCAGGCACGGUGGGGAAGGCCUUCCUUAAAUCAAGGGGAAUGUUUUCCGAGGAAUAUUGGUUCUGGAUAUGCAUAGGAGCUGUAGCUGGCUUUUCUUUGCUCUUUAAUGUUUUAUGUAUCCUAGCCUUGGGAUAUCUUAGUGCUCCCCGAAAGCACCAGGCUUGUGGCCCAGUUCAAUCUGAUAAAAAUGAGGAACACCCAUUUUAUAGCAUGGGUGCUGAUCAUCCAGUAACAACUUUGGCAGUUCCUGAGAGAGGCAUGGUGCUACCUUUCCAGCCCUUCUCCCUUGCAUUCAACCACAUAAGUUACUACAUCAACAUGCCUGCUGAGAUGAAGGAAGUGGUUUCGGAGAAACGAUUACGACUGCUCAAGGAUGUGAGUGGAGCUUUCAGACCACAAAUUUUAACAGCAGUAAUGGGGGUCUCUGGCGCAGGCAAAACCACAUUGAUGGAUGUACUGGCUGGAAGAAAAACUGGGGGUUAUAUAGAAGGAAAUGUUAGUGUUUCUGGGUACCCAAAAAACCAGGAAACCUUUGCUAGAAUUUCUGGUUAUUGUGAACAAAUUGACAUCCAUUCACCAUUUGUUACAGUCUAUGAGUCCCUGCUCUUCUCUGCAUGGCUUCGUCUCCCCCGACAUAUUGAGCCCUCUACUAGGAAAAUGUUUGUGGAGGAGGUAAUGGAUCUCGUGGAACUGAAAGCAUUAAGGAACUCAUUGGUUGGUGUCCCUGGGCUUUCUGGCCUAUCCACUGAGCAGAGAAAGAGGCUGACUAUUGCUGUUGAGUUGGUGGCAAACCCUUCGAUCAUAUUCAUGGACGAGCCCACAUCUGGGCUUGAUGCAAGGGCAGCUGCCAUUGUCAUGAGGGUGGUGAGGAACACUGUUGACACAGGUCGCACCGUGGUCUGCACCAUACACCAGCCGAGUAUUGAUAUCUUUGAAGCUUUUGAUGAGCUACUACUAAUGAAAAAAGGUGGGCAGCUCAUAUAUGAAGGACCACUGGGUCAUUUCUCUCAGAACCUGAUUCAGUACUUCGAGGCUAUUCCAGGGAUUCCUAAAAUAAAGGAUGGUUAUAAUCCAGCAGCUUGGAUGUUGGACAUUACUUCUUCUGCCAUGGAGACUGAUCUCGCUGUAGAUUUUGCUCAAGUUUAUUGCAACUCCUGUUUAUACAAGGAAAACCAGCAACUCAUAGAGGAAUUGAGUAGGCCUUCAACAGUUUCAAAAGACCUUAGCUUCGAAUCCUUGCCCUCUCAGAACUUCUUGACUCAGUGUAUGGUAUGCUUGUGGAAACAGCAUUGGUCCUAUUGGAGGAAUCCCCAAUACAAUGCCAUCCGUUUCCUCAUCACAAUCACAAUAUCGGUUCUCUUUGCAACCAUAUUCUGGGGCAUUGCUUUGGACCUGAGCAAGCAGCAAGAUUUUUUUAACGCUCUUGGUGCAAUCUAUUCUUUAGCAUUCUUCUUGGGCUUCACGAACACAACUGCAGUUCAACCCAUUGUAGGCCUAGAGAGAAUGGUUUUAUAUCGUGAGAAAUCAGCCGGAAUGUAUUCGGCCAUGCCUUAUGCCAUUGCUCAGGUGGUCAUUGAGAUCCCAUAUAUUGUGAUCCAAGUACUACUCUUUGUCUUAAUCGUAUACCCGAUGAUCGGUUUUUCUUGGAUGGGGGCAAAGUUCUUGUGGUUCACUUUGUUUAUGUUACUAAGUAUCAUCUACUUCACUCUCUUUGGGAUGAUGACAGUAGCUUUAACUCCAACCCAAGAGUUGGCUGGCAUUCUCUCUUUCUUAGUGUUUAUCUUAUGGAACAUUUUCUCUGGUUUCUACAUUGCUAGACCAAUGAUUCCUCUUUGGUGGAGAUGGUUUUAUUGGGUUAAUCCUGCGGCUUGGACUAUUUAUGGUUUGAUGGUUUCUCAGUUGGGAGAUUGUACUGAGACAAUCAAUCUACCUGGCCAAGCAAGCAAGAGUGUCAAAGACGUUCUUGAAGAUUAUUUUGGAAUUGAAGCCUACUUUCUAAGUACUGCCGUUGCAGUUCACAUUGUGUUUAUUUUUCUUUUCUUGUUUGUUUUUUGUUUGUGUACCAAAUAUUUGAAUUUCCAAAGGAGGUGAUGCCUUUCUCUUAACAACCGCUUGAAAAUUUCACCUUGUUCUCCCAGCCAGCUUGUUACUGCCCUAGCCAGCUCGAAAUAGUGGGGGACCGGGGUCUCCUGUAGAAUAGAGACACAGAAUCAUUCACCCAAAAUGUAAUUUUUUUUAUAGGUAAUAUGUCAAAGAAACAUUGUUUUUGGAUUGA